GAGUAUCAGCUGCCAAACGUGCCCAAGCAAGUGAAUACAAAAAUGUAUUCUAUGCUGAUAGUGGCAUACUUUUUUGCUGUGUUUGUAAAAUUGUUGUUGACCAUACUCACAAGUCAAUUAUUGAUAACCACUGUAAAUCAAAAAAGCAUCAAUCAAAUUUAGAGCUUGAAAAAGCUUCUCCACAAAAAUCACGUCAAAUUACCAUUACUUCAUGUCAUAAA